CCAUCUCCGACAACUUUCCCCCAUCGGCCGGAGUUUUAGACGCCAAGGCACUCGCUGCGAGCAAACGACCUCCAUCAUGCACAGGCGAGCUUGCUUGGAGCUUUCUCGCCGUCAAGGUGUCGAUUGGUCGUGCGCAACCGCCCGCCGAACUGAUGCUUUCGCCCCCGUGUUGAACCAUGUGCCCCGGAGGGGCUUCCGGGCCUUUGCUGCCGACUCUGCGUGGGGAUCCUCGGGUGAUUCUGGCUCUCCUCGAAAACUCACCCCUAAAUGGGGAAGCAAGGCAUCGCGACCCGUCGGCCUGAGUCCGGCGGAGCAGGCAAUUCGAGAUGCUAUGGUGGCAAAGCAGGAGGAGAAGCUACGGGAAGAGCAGGCUCGGAAGGAUGCCUUGCUGGCGAGGGAACGAGAAGAACAGGAACGACGCGAUGCCAUAAUAGCCAGACAGAGGGCGAAGGAGCAGGAAGAGCGGGCCCAACGGGAUGCUAUCAUAGCCAUGCAGAAGGCGAAAAAAGAAAAAGAGCAGGCCCGGCGAGAUGCUAUCAUAGCCAGACAGAGGGCGAGGGAACAAGAAGAGCAGGCCCGGCGAGAUGCUCCAAUGAUGGAACAGAGGGCGAAGGAAUUGGAAGAACAAGGACGGCGAGAGGCUUCAGAGGUCGCACGAAAAGCCGGACAAGAGGCACGGCAGGACACUCGACAUACCGGCUCCUCCGAGACCCCCAGCGGAACUGCUCAGCCUAACGUCCCAGCCGAAAGUUCGAAAAGAGCCACUUUCACCGGCGCAAAAUUCGCUCCCCGCUUCGGAAGCAACGCAACCAGGCCUGUGGGUCUGAGUGCGGCAGAGAAGGCGGCACGAGACGCUUUGGUAGUCAAGCAGCAGGCGCAGCAAGCGCAGCAGGAGCUUACUCCUGAGAAGGUCGCUGACACUGGCCUUUCAGCGUCCAACAGUUCCGAUCCGAGCUCCGCUGAAACCACAGAGCAGACCGCUAACAUCAUCUCUUCAACAUCUCCGAAAACUUCCAAGCCGAGCUCGCCUGCUACCACCACAAAGUCUCCCAAAUCUGCUCCCCGCUGGGGAAGCAGUGCGCCAACAUCAUCAGGCUUAACUUCAGCAGAGAGGGCGGCACGAGAUAGAAUGCUGUCCCAGCGGCAAGCACAGCUGAGAUCUUCCACCGCUGACGCUACUGUUUCAGAAAAGUCCGAUAGUGCCGAAACAGGCACUUUCACUAUCCGCAUCGGAGGCAAGACUGUCGUAUCGCAGAGUUUGAGUCCGGAAGAGAAGGCAGCACGCGAUGCACAGGAAGCCAAGAAACAGGCGCAGCAGAGCCCUCUGGAUGUUCUUUCUGGGUCUUCGGAUGCUCGACAGGCUCGGAAAUCUACUUCCCGUUGGGGUAUGAGUUCGGCAAAGAAAGCGGUGCGAGACUCUACACUUGAUGAGCAGUCUGCACGACGCCAUGGCUACGAAAGGUCACGUUCCGCCUGGCAAGAGGGAUCAUCAGCAGCCAUGGCGGAGGGAGAUCAUAGACGUGUCCGCUCAGGUAGAUACAGGGACGAUCACAACGUCACUAUCUCCGAGCAUUUACAAAGCAUUGAUUGGGCCUGUCCAGACUGCACGUAUGUCUGCAGUGGCACAGAAAUGACUUGUCCCUGCUGCCGCGCACCAAGGCCUGAGCUGUUGUCGCAGCCGCAGAGACCAUUGCCCAUUCGGAAACUCGAACACAAAUGGACCGCCCCGUCAUCAACAAGAGGACAAGCUCUGGGCGAAUUUGCGUCGAGAAGGGAAGAGGAGAAAGAAGCAGAGCGCGCGGAAAUAGAAGCCGAGAUGGAAGCAGAGAGGCAAAAGAGACGCGAGGCGCAGGAUCAACCUCAAAAAUCCAUCCAUGAUUGGUCAUGGGACACAUCGGCUUUGCAGAGACUCGGUAAGGAAGAGACGGACGACCAGGUUGAUAAAUAUGCCAAGCGACGAGAACACUAUCGCAAGCAGUCGAAAUCGGCCUUUGCAGACGAGGACGACUUCGAUCACGAGGACUACCAACGGCGUCGGCAAGCAAGGCAGCGCGCGAAGAAGGAACGGAAGGAGAAAUCUCGCGGAAAGAAAAAGGAGGCGUUGGAAGCCGCGCCUAGUCCUUUGUACCUCCCCGAGUUCAUUAGCGUCAGCAAUCUCGCGGAUGUCAUUGGUGUGCGACACGCGCAGUUCAUCGAGCGAAUGGAAGAGAUGGGAUUCGAGGAAGUCACUCAUAACCACGUUCUGGAUGCAGAAACCGCCGGUCUCAUCGCGGCCGAAUACAAUUUUGAGCCCAUCUUUGACACAGCUGAGGAUGAGCUGACUGCCGCCCCUGAGCCGGAGGAUAAGUCGAGCCUGCCCCCGCGGCCUCCAGUGGUGACCAUCAUGGGUCAUGUCGAUCACGGCAAGACUACCAUUCUUGACUGGCUUCGCAACUCUUCGAUCGUGGCAUCGGAGCACGGCGGUAUCACGCAGCACAUCGGCGCGUUCUCCGUGGCUAUGCCUUCGGGCAAGACCAUCACUUUCCUUGAUACGCCGGGUCACGCGGCGUUCCUGGACAUGCGCCGCCGAGGUGCAGACAUUACCGAUAUUGUGGUGUUGGUUGUCGCAGCAGAUGACAGUGUCAAGCCUCAAACCAUCGAAGCCAUCAAGCAUGCCACCGAAGCCAACGUCCCGAUCAUCGUGGCCAUGAGCAAGAUGGACAAGGAGGGAGUCAAUCCUGAUAAGGUCAAGCAAGAUCUGUCUGUGCAUGGCGUCCAUGUCGAAGACUAUGGCGGCGACGUGCAAGCGAUCGGUGUGAGUGGCAAGACGGGAGCCGGUAUGUUGGAGCUUGAAGAAGCUAUUGUCACUCUUUCCGAGGUCCUCGACCACCGCGCGGACCCAACCGGCAAUGUCGAAGGGUGGGUAGUUGAAGGCACAACCAAGAGCUACGGGCGUGUGGCCACGGUGCUUAUCCGGCGGGGUACCCUGCGAGUCGGGGACAUUAUUGUUGCUGGUGAGACUUGGGCGCGUGUGCGCACACUGCGGAACGAAGCCGGUGUUGCCGUUCAUGAAGCGACGCCAGGCAUGCCGGUUGAGGUUGACGGGUGGCGCGAGCAACCGGUGGCUGGCACGGAGUUCCUGGAGGCCACAACCGAGCAACAGGCUAAGUCUGUCGUCGAGGCCCGUAUCGAGCGGAGCGAAUCGGACAAGUUGGGUCAGGACACGGUUGCUAUCAACGAGGCUCGCAAGGAGCUGAUGGAGCGGCGCCGCCAAGAGGAAGCUGGCCAGGCCGUGGGCGAGGAACAGUCCGGGCCCAAACCCGUGCACUUCAUCAUCAAGGCCGACGUGCACGGAUCAGCCGAGGCGCUUCUGAACUCGGUCACGGCCGUUGGCAACAACGAGGUCUUCGCCAACGUUCUUCGCUGCGAGGUGGGCCCCGUAAGCGAGUUCGACAUCGAGCACGCCGCGACGGCCAACGGACACGUGAUUUCGUUCAACAUGCCCAUCGACCCCCGAAUGGCGCAGAUGGCCGAAGCGCGCGGAGUGGAGAUCAAGGACCACAACGUGAUUUACCGGUUGAUUGACGACGUUAAGAGCACGCUGAGCGAGCACCUGCCGCCGACGGUGACGGUGCGGGUGACGGGCGAGGCGGAGAUUGGCGAGAUCUUCGAGAUCAAGCUGAAGGGGCGCGAGCGGAUGAGCAUCGCCGGAUGUCGCGUGCGCAACGGGCUGAUCAACCGGACGAAGAAGGUGCGAGUCCUGCGGGGACAGGAGACGAUCUACGAUGGCACCAUCUCGUCGCUGAAGAAUGUGAAGAAGGACGUGACGGAGAUGCGCAAGGACACCGAGUGCGGGAUGGCCUUUGAGGGGUGGGGUGAUUUCCAGGUUGGGGACCAUAUUCAGUGUUACGAGGAGAUUCAUGAGAAGCGAUACCUCUAA